GCGGCGUCUAUCUCCCCUUUCCCCCUCCUCCCUGUCCCAUAAACCCGCGGAAAUAUAUCCAACAUGUCUGGCUGGAAGCUCGGCAGCAAAAAGGCGAAGGAUGCGAAGGAGAGCGGAGCCAUCUCCCGCUCCACGACGCCUAUCCCCUCCCGCUCGGAGACCCCAAAGCCCCCUGGCGGGCCUGAGCAGUUCAGGUCCGGCAUGCUCACCAUCCGCAUCUUCCAAGGCCGCGGACUCGCGCUCCCUCCCAAUACCCCCCUCCCGGACAUCAUCGCCAAGGCGCUCGAGAGCGCCCCGCAGGGCCGCCGCUCGACGAGCAACCGCGAGAGCGUGCAGCGCCGGCGCAACUGGUGGCUGCCGUAUGUCGUGCUCGAGUUCGACAAGAACGAGAUCCUGAUCGACGCGAUGGGCGGCGACCUGUCGAGCCCGGUGUGGAACUACCGCGCUGACUUCGAUGUCUCGCGCACGUCGAACAUCUCCGUGUCGUCCUACCUGCGCACGGCACCGGUGCAGGGCAAGGAUGACAUGGGGAACGACAUCCUCAUGGGCCGCGUCGACCUGACGCCGCAGCUCGACGGGCACCACGCCUCUGACCAGUGGUACACCGCGACGGCUGGCUCGGGCUCUUUCCACCUCAAGGUCGACUUCAAGCCGACGCGCAACGAGCCGCUGACGAUCGAGGCGUUCGACCUGCUCAAGGUCAUCGGCAAGGGCUCGUUCGGGAAGGUGAUGCAGGUCCGGAAGAAGGACACUCAGCGGAUCUACGCGCUCAAGACGAUUCGCAAGGCGCAUAUCGCGCAGCGCCCGGGCGAGAUCACGCACAUCCUCGCCGAGCGCACCGUCCUCGCGCUCGUCAACAACCCGUUCAUCGUGCCGCUCAAGUUCUCCUUCCAGACCCCGGACAAGCUCUACCUCGGCAUGUCCUUCGUCAACGGCGGCGAGCUGUUUUACCACCUCCAGCGCGAGGGCAAGUUCGACCAGGACCGCUCGCGCUUCUACGCCGCUGAGCUCCUGUGCGCGCUCGAGCACCUGCACGGCUUCAACGUCGUGUACCGCGACCUGAAGCCGGAGAACAUCUUGUUGGACUACACGGGCCAUAUCGCGCUGUGCGACUUCGGCCUGUGCAAGCUCAACAUGUCGGAGACGGAGAAGACGAACACGUUCUGCGGCACGCCCGAGUACAUUGCACCGGAGCUGCUCGAGAGCCAGGGGUACACGAAGACGGUCGACUGGUGGACGCUCGGCGUGCUCCUGUACGAGAUGAUGACCGGCCUGCCGCCCUUCUACGACGAGAACGUGAACACGAUGUACCAGCGCAUCCUCACCGAUCCUCUCAACUUCCCGCCCGACAUGUCGUCUGAAGCGCGGAGCGUAAUGACCGGCCUCCUGCAGCGCGACCCGUCAAAGCGGCUCGGACACAACGGUGGAGAGGAGAUCAAGCGCCAUCCCUUCUUCGCCAAGUACGUCGACUGGGGGAAGCUAUUGGCGAAGAAGAUCCAGCCGCCGUUCAAGCCGAGCGUGGAAUCCGUGCUCGACGUCGCGAACUUCGACCCCGACUUCACCAACGAGGAGGCGCAGGACUCGGUCGUCACUGACUCCGCGCUAUCCGAGACCGUGCAGGACCAGUUCCGCGGUUUCACAUACAACCCUGCGAACGAGCACCUGAGCGAGAGCGUCAGUUACGCGAAUGGGAUGUGAAGGCGACAUCGUCCGUUGGGGUAUCGGUCGUUGCCAUUGGCAUCGGGGUCCGGUAGUCACCUUGCUUGCAAGGUCUUUCCCGUGUCUUAUUGACCCCAUCAAAAAUGACCCCAUGUGCGUAGCACGUUCCGAAGACAACAUCGGUAAACGUGCAGACACCUUCGUCCACAAGUCCUGUACGACACCACACGACGAGCUCUGUCAACGACAGCAGAAUUCAGACUCACGCGC